UGAAAAAAUUAAAUUCCCACUGAAAAACAAAAAUUAAGAAUGUAGUAAUACUAUAAACAAAUUAAUAUGAUUCCAUAAAAGUCAUAGAGUUGUUGUAUCCUUUUAAAACCCCCCAUCCCAACAUGUCCUCUUCCUUUACCGAUUAACAAUAUCAAAGAAAGACAAAUCUUCUAUCUCCGUCUUCCUCUCUAUUUUUGGCUAAUUAAUGUCUCUUUGACUCUUUUAACUCCCACCUAGAUUUCUUAAUUCCUGCCCUUAUCGGGGCGAUUCAUCGAUCUCCAAAGAAGCGAGGAAAGGGUAAACGAUCUUCCCGAGGCUUCACGGAACCCUCACCAUUCUCUUUUCUUCCUCCACACGUAGCCAUACAAAUUUCAAAAAAGAGAUGGAUCCGACAGAGCUAAAACGUCUGUUCCAAAUGUUCGAAAAAAAUGGGGACGGGACGAUCACGGGGGAAAAGCUAAGCGAGACACUGCGAAGCCUCGGGAUAUACAUCCCCGACAAGGAGUUGACUCAGAUGAUCGAGAAGAUCGACGUGAAUGGUGACGGGUGCGUGGACAUAGACGAGUUUGGGGAGCUUUACAAAACUAUAAUGGACGAAGAAGAAGAAGACAUGAAGGAAGCUUUCAAUGUAUUUGAUCAGAAUGGAGAUGGGUUUAUAACGGUGGAUGAAUUGAAGGCGGUUUUGUCUUCCUUGGAGUUAAAGCAAGGUAAGACAUUGGAUGAUUGUAAGAAGAUGAUAAAGCAAGUGGAUGUUGAUGGUGAUGCCGUGAUGGUAGGGUUAACUACCAAGAGUUUAGACAAAUGAUGAA